GCACAAACGACGCUCUACUCGUCAGUCAGUCGCUUACCGAUUGUAAAAGUGGAAGGAAGGUGUUAUCAUGUCGGAGGUAUUCAAACUAGGUGAUCUCGUAUGGGCGAAGAUGAAAGGAUUUUCGCCUUGGCCUGGCCGGGUGUCUAAUCCUUCAAAGGACUUAAAGAAACCAACGAAUACUAAGAAGGGGCCAGUUCAAUGUAUUUUCUUCUUUGGAACAAACAAUUACGCAUGGAUAGAGGAAUCUAAUAUAAAGCCAUAUCUAGAAUAUAAAGAUACCCUUGUAAAAUCUAGUAAAUCUGGUGCAUUUAAAGAUGCAGUAGAAGCAAUAGAGGAGUUUAUUGCUAAUGGAGAGGUGUUUGAGGAUGGUUUAGACCCAGACUCUUUAUUCGACAGACUUAAAGAAGAAAGUAUAUCUGAGAAGAAGAAUGUAGUAAAAACACCCAAACCUCGGAAGGAAACACCAAAAACUAAAAGAUUAGACACUGGUGGAAGUGAUGCUCGUCGCCCAGCCAAAAAACAACGCAGAGAGUCAAGUACAAGUAAUAGUAAUAGGGUUGGAAGUAUUAGUCCUGCGUUGAAUCAUUCAACCCCUCCCAGAAAAUCAGGAUCAACUCUUCUCAAUAGGCCAGCCAAUAUUGCUAGACCUGUAACACCACCUUUGGACGUAGAAACAUUGUCACAAACUCUUAAGGAGAAAAACAUCCUUCCGUCGACCUUGAAAUUCGGGUUCCUUGGUUUGGGUAUUAUGGGAAGCGGCAUCGUAAAAAACCUGAUCAACAGUGGUCACAGUGUAAUUGUAUGGAAUCGGACACAGGAGAAGUGUGCAGAUUUUGUGAAAGCAGGAGCAGAACAAGGUUUAACACCGUCCGAUGUGGUUCUUGCUGCUGAUAUCACAUUCUCGUGUGUGGCUGAUCCUCAGGCUGCCAAAGACAUGGUGUUUGGAAACUGUGGUGUCCUCACAGAAAUAUCCCCGGAAAAGGGGUACGUGGAGAUGACCGGUAUAGACGCGGAGACAUCGCAAGAUAUUGCCGAAGCAAUCACCGCAAAGGGUGGUCGUUACUUAGAGGCUCAAGUACAGGGUAGCAAAACGCAAGCACAAGAGGGUACUCUAGUGAUCCUCGCGGCAGGUGAUCGGACUCUUUUCGACGAGUGUCAGUCUUGUUUCGAGGCGAUGGGUAAAAACAGUUUUUACCUGGGCGAAGUUGGCAAUGCUUCUAAAAUGAACCUCGUCCUACAACUGAUGGCCGGAGUAACUCUUGCCGGUUUGGCAGAGAGUAUGGCACUAGCGGAUCGCGCCGGUCUUCAACAAAAGGACGUACUGGAAGUUCUAGAACUGACAUCAUUGGCCUGUCCCGCGAUUCUUGACAAAGGAAAAGCCAUCAUCGAGGGUGGUUUUCCGACGCAGUUACCGCUUCAGCACAUGCAGAAAGAUUUAAGACUCUCCUUAGGUAUGAGCGAUCAAUUGGAACAACCAUUACCGCUGGCCGCCGCAGCGAACGAGGUUUACAAACACGCUAAACGGCUUGGCUACGGUGAACACGAUGCCUCCGCCGUUUACAUCAGAGCCAGGUUCUAACGGAGCAUGCAUCGUCCGAGCUUUUGCUAUACCAUAUUUAUUGCAAUAUCUAACGUUGUUUCCCGUCGCUACCAGAGAAGAGUAGUGCGCCGUAUGUUGGCGGAUGAGCAGUAAAAAGAAAGCGCUACUGCUCGCGAGACGCCGCAUGAAACACGACAUUUAUUUUAAUGUGUCGUAACACAUUUGUUGAAAAGUAGACUAAGUUCUGUUAAAUGUAAAACCAUGAUGAAUGAAACCAAAUCUUGACCGAUAUUGAAUGUGUGCAGCAGCAUCAGUUUUAUGCACAUUAAACACGCGAUGAAUCUAUAUAUAUAUAUAUAUAUAUAUAGAUA